AUGGCGGCGGAGGGGGAGGCGGACGUGGAGUGGGUGGUAGACAGCAUCGCCGGCUUCCUGCGCGGGCCCGCCUGGUCCAUCCCCAUCCUGGAGUUCCUGGAGCAGAAGUGCGCGGUUUUUGAUGAUGAAGAAGAAAGCAAGUUGUCCUAUACAGAGAUUCAUCAGGAGUACAAAGCUCUGGUUGAAAAACUGCUAGAAGGUUAUCUUAAGGAAAUUGGAAUUAAUGAAGAGACAUUUCAAGAAGCGUGUUCAUCUCCUCUUGCGAAGUCACAUACGUCACAGGCCAUUUUGCAACCAGUGUUGGCAGCAGAAGAUUUUAGAUUAUUUAAAGAAAUGAUGGUACAGAAAAAUAUUGAAAUGCAGUUGCAAGCCAUUAGAAUCAUUCAAGAAAGAAAUGGUGUGCUACCUGACUGUUUGACAGAUGGUUCUGAUGUGUUCACUGAAAUUGAACAACAAGAAAUGAAAAUACUCAGAGAGGUUCUUAGGAAGUCUAAGGAAGAGUAUGAAAUGGAGCAAGAAAGGAAAAGGUCUAAAGAGACACAUGAUAAAUUGAAGUCAUCAGACGUUACAUACAGCUGUCCCGGAUAUUCAAGAGAAGCAAAAGUUAAGGAAUCCACUGAAGAUAUUGAGAGAGUUGAUGAUUUUGAAGAAAUUGCAAAAUUAUCAUUAGAAGAAACAAACAAAUCUACUAAGGAAGAUUUAAGGCCCGUGCAUCCUCUACUAAGAGUGAUAGAACCUCCUCCGCAGCCUUCUGAACCUACCAAAGUGAAAGAAGAAAUUAAGAAAAAGAGAACUGGAAAUUGUUCAGAGAAUGCAACAAGAGAAGCUGGGCCUGAGGGAUUUAAUUUAUCAGAGCUUGAACCGCACCACCUCAGACAACGAGAAGACUAUUUAAAACAGAAGCGAGAUACAUUGAUGGCUAUGAAGGAGGAGUCAAGAAAUAAUCUACCAACACCAAAUAUAGAUCAGAAAGAAGAGGCAUUAUCUUCUAAAGAGGAAAUGUCAGAAGAGGAGAAGCAAAGACUACUGCUAAAGAGGAGAAUGCUUGCAGCAAAACUUAAAGAGGAAGUUAUUAACAAGCGCUAAGUUUUAAGAAUCUCAUUGUAAAAAUACUUGUGGACAAG